AAUAGAGGCAAGUGUUACCGGUAGUUCAGGUUGCUCUAAUCAAUUUCCUCCUCUCCACGGGUUCGAAUUCAACCCCUGGUUCUUUCUCAACUCUUCUUUCUCUCUCGGUCUUUGGAAAAUCUCUGGUAUUGAUUCUCUGUUUCCUUUCCGAUUCCUUUUGGAUCGGACGGCUUGGUUCCUCGAAGGUAUUUGCCUUGCAGAAUGAAGGAGUCCAAGGGCAAGAGAACGUCAAAGGUCUCGAAAGAAGCUUUGAAACCAGUGGAUGAUAGAAAGGUUGGGAAGCGAAAGGCUGCUGUCAAGGCCGAUAAGGGAAUCAAACGACCAACAAAGAAAGAUUUGAAGGCCAAGAAAGAUCCCAACAAACCUAAGAGGCCUUCGAGUGCUUUCUUUGUUUUCCUCGAGGACUUCAGAAAGGAAUACAAAAGGGAAAAUCCUAAUGUGAAGUCUGUGUCUGCAGUCGGAAAAGCUGGAGGACAGAAGUGGAAAUCCUUGAGUCAAUCUGAAAGAGCACCAUAUGAAGCCAAGGCGGCAAAGAGGAAGGCCGAAUAUGAAAAGCUUAUGAAGGCAUAUGACAAGAAGGCUAGCGCAGCAGAAGACGAAGAAUCAGAGAGGUCAAAAUCUGAAGUGAAUGACGAGGAUGAGGCCAGUGAGGAGGAGCAUGAAGAGGAUGAUGACAACAGUGAGGAAGAUGAUGGCGAUGAGGAAGACGAUGACUAAAUUGAAAGCAUCUUUCUGACAAUUGGAAUGGCCGAUCGAGAUCGAGGGAGGGAUCAGGUCAAUGUAUGUCCAUAUGUUUAGAAUUUGCGUGCUUUCUGUUCUUUUGUGUGUGCAAAAUGGGAAAUGUCCUAUGGCACUUCCGUGAUAUCUCUUCUUCUUACUGUUUAAAUGGUCUUUCUCCACUCGCAUCGCUUUUGUCAUUAUACAUUGUUAAAAUCUUUCUGGGGGUGUUCUGCUGGCCUUUUGAUAACCAACAUAAAAUUAUCAAAUACAUCCUUUUGAAAGCUGUA